AUGAGUAGUACAAACGAGUUAGACCAACAAUUACUACAAGAAAACGAUGACUCUAGCUGUCUUUCAGCAUUAGUACUUGUUGUACCUUCGACAAUUGAGGAUUUAACUCUACCAUUACCGUCGUUAUUGACACCGUCAAAAGAAUGCUCAUUUGAAAAUCUGGAAAAUAACCAUAAGCAACUAGAUGAAGAAACGACAGUGAGAAAAGCUCCAUGUAUACAAAUUGAAAAUAUUCAAUAUAAUAGUGAUAACAGUAUAACUCUUAAUAAUGAAAAUACUACAAAACAAGAGCAAGUUACUUCGGAUAACGAUAGUCAAACGCCAUUUAAUGAUAAUAAGAUUUCUAUUUCGGGUGAUAUCAACGCUAAAAGUCCCACUAACAGUCAAAAUGAAAUUGAUAACGAUAAUGAUUAUCAACAUGAGACAGAUCAAAAUGUGAACAGUUCAAGUGUACUAGUUGAAACAACGAAUGACAGUGAUAAGACCGAGAAUGUAAAUGCUGAAUCCUGUGUUACUGUGAUUUCUGAAUAUGAUUUACCUCAAGAAUAUUUGUAUGACAUUAUUAUUAAUGAGAAGCAGCAGCAACAAGAAUCAAAAACAGACGUGCCACUCAAGACAUCACCUUCAACUCCACCCAACAAUAACAUCAAUCGAUCAGAAACAUUAAAAUCAACACAACUGCCAAAUAAACUGUUUCAACGAUCGUCAUCUUAUAAUAACUAUUAUCAAACACACUUUCAACAACAGCAGCAUCCUUAUUUUUAUUAUCAAUCACCACCAUUACCGACAGCCUCGUUGGAUAUCAACCUUAGACGUCAAUCCAGUCGUGAACAACUUCCACCUCCACCACCUCUUAUGUUUAUCUCACCAACAUCUCGAAGUACCGAUUCAAGUACAGCAUUACCAACGAAUUUACCACCUCGACUUCGACAAACAUCAUACAAUGAAGAUGAAAAUAACAUAAGAGCUGAGCAACAGCAGCAAACAGCCGUAGGAAGACAACGACGUAGUAUAUUAACGAGGCUCAUUAAUUUUUUACCCCAUCCUCCACAACCGUUGAUGUCGGCUCCGCCUCCACCUGGACUACUGUUUCCAUUUCAUCCUGUCUUUCAUCCGAGUCAACCUCCCACACAUAUUGCUUACAAUAUUAGUUCACCGCCGAUAAACGGUUCGACAAGGGCAUUUGGUCCCGAGGAUUAUUUACAGUAUCAACCACAACCACUGACAUCAUCACUGUUACCGCAGUUUAAUUCGGCAAGUUUACUGAAUCCGGAUGCACCAGAAUGGGUACCAUCCUUGCCAACAGCUAAUCUAAAUGAGUUGCCGACUAAUACUACGACUGAUAUAGCUGUGAAUCAAGAAACUUUUCCAGAAUUGAAAUCAACAGUUGAGCAACUUCAGACUGACACUGGUAACGAAAAGAAUAACCAGACAGACAACGAAACUCGUACAACGACAGAUCAUGAAAAAGGAUUAACAACUAUGAUCAGUACGUCUCCAGUUAAUUUGCCCUUACCAUCUGCAUCGUCUUCAUCGAGUCAAGAAUCUACUACUUUGGUCAAAGUUGUAAAUAAAAAUCUAGACUCUCAAUCAGAAAAUCAUAUAAAAUCCUCAUUCACAAUUAGUUACUCAGAUAUCAUCGCUGCUCAAACUUCUCAAGACAAUCAGCAACAUCCAACUCGACAAUCGACAUUUAAUAAAACAAAGAUGAAUAAUAAUAAUAACAAUUAUCGUCGACAACCACAACAUUUGGCUUUACCCCCGAGAGAUCGUCAACGACAAUGGUUCGGAUCAGCUAAUCCAAGUAACAACAACAACAAUAACAACACCCGCCAUCAAUCGAAUACAACAUCACUAAAUAACAAAAAAAAUGAAAAAGAAAAUGGUGUACAAGUACAACAUCCGCCAAAUGAUUGGAUUGAAGUACGAUCAAAAAAUAAGAAAAAAUUUGAUCGAACCGGUUCAGGUAUAGAAGAUUUUUGGAAAAUGGACAAUGAGCAACCACAACAGCUAAGUUUACGUACUGAAACGGUUGAUACUUUUCAAUUGAUAUCUUCUACAGAAAAAGAACCAUCUGCAUUGUUAUCAGCUGAAUUGAAUAAUAUUGUAGUAGUAAGCAAAACCUCAACAAAGUUGAGUGAUGAAGAAAAGUCUGUUUCUCACUGUUCUUCGUCAAAUAUAACAUCCGAAGAUGAACAAGAACAGCUAGAAGUUGUAAAAAAUGGUGAAAAAGAAGAAAACAAACAAGAAGAUAUCAGUGAAGAAAUGACAGUUAUUGAUUAUGAUCGUCAAACUAUUCAAAAUGUUAAAAAAAUGCUAGAAAACGGAGGUAAAUUAUUGAUCAUUAUGAGAGGUUGCCCAGGUUCGGGAAAAUCGACACUAGCCAAACGUCUGUUGAACGGUUUUGACGGUGUCAUCUUGUCGACGGAUGAUUAUUUUAAACAGAAUGAUCAGUAUACAUUCGACGCCAAUAGAUUAGACGAGGCACAUAAAUUUAAUUGGAGAAGAGCUUCAGAAUCUUUGAAAAGUAGUAAAAAGCUAAUUAUUAUUGAUAAUACAAACACAACUUCGUGGGAAAUGAGACCGUACGCAGCAAUGGGUAAAGAAGCUGGCUACAAUGUAUUAAUCGUUGAACCCCAUACACCAUGGAAAUUUAAAGCAAGAGAACUAUUCAAACGUAAUACUCACAAUGUUCCAUUACGUCGUAUUAAAGAUAUGCUUAUCCGUUUCGAACAUAAUGUAAAUGUUAAAUCGUUACUUGAACGCGUUUCAUCAGUUGUGAGUACUACAGUUAUUCAGUCACAUGAAAUACAAAUUCCAUUACCUCAACGAACGCUUAUUCAACGAAAUUAUUCAUCAACGACGACAACUGUGAACACGGUAGUUACUAAUAGUACUGAAACAAUACCUACCCAGGAAGCAAUUUUAAACGAUGUUAAAUUGUGUAUUGACGAUAUGAUUUUGUUUAUAACAUCAACUUUUUAUCAGACAAUUGUUCUAGCAUCAACUGCAUCGUCCACAACCCCAACUUCAACUGCCCCAUCACCAUCUCAACCAACGUCGCCUCAAAUGUGCAGUAUAUCAUGUUAUGAUUAUCCAUUGAAUAGUACAACGCCAAUAUCUCUUACAAGCACUCCUCUCACACCUCAUCAUCGUUUUCAUCGUUCAUUAUCAUCUCGCUUUUCAACGUCUACCACAAUCUCUAUUCAAGAUGGAGAACAUAUUCUAAGGCUCCCAACAGCAACAUUUCCAAGAUGUGAACCAUUGCCAUUAAAAACGAAGAAAAAAAAUCGAAAUAAAAAAAGUGUCGUAGCAAUUAAUGAAAAUAUAAACAAUAAUAACAAUGUUGUUCAACCACAACAAGCCGAAUCAAAUCAGUCCUCUGAACAACAACAACACUAUGAUGUAUUCGUUCAAGAAGAUUUUGCAGAUCAAUGUUUGGUAGUUGAUGAAUCAAAUCAAAAUGAGACAGUAGAAGAUAAAAACAAAAGUACAACUACGAGCAAUAAUUGGCUGAAUAACUUUUCACAACAUGGAAUACAAGUAAAUACACAAAUUGGUGAAAAAUUUUCGCCACUACCAUCAACAAAUGUGAAAAAAGAACUUGUGAAUAUAAUUCAUAAUGAAUUGAACACAUAUGAUCAACAACAGACAAAACCGACAAAAUUAUUAGCAGAUAUUUCUAUUCAAUGUUCACAAGACGAAAUACUUGAUACAUUGCAAAAUCUAUCUUCUGAAUAUCCAAUAUUAAUCGGUUCUAUGAUACCAAUAGCCUCUUUGUCAAAUAAUACUUGUGCAACUGUUACCUUUUUACCCGGUCUUUAUGAAUGUGGUAUUCAGGUCGAUUUAUCAGACGGAAAUGAUGAUCCUCUAUCUUAUUUAAAUUCAUUAUAUUCAUCUAAAAUUAACACCGAGCUUAUUUUACAAUUUUAUGAAUUAUGUAAUUGUGAUUUACAAUGGACUAAGUCUCAAUUAGAUGAAUACUUAGUACAUCUACAUCCACAGUCACAGAUGAUGCAAUCACCGAAAUCAAAUACUGGAGAAACAAAUUAUGAUUCUAGUAUAGAAACUACAAACAGACAACAGCAACAAAGACGACAACGCUCCUUAGUAUCAUUGAAACAAUGUUGUCUUGACGUGUUAAAUGAAUGGGAUUCAUCAAUCAAAGAAAAUGAUCCAAAUUUUGAUACAAAUUCAAUUAGUGAACUUUUAGAAGAUAUCAAUGAUGAUGAUGAUCAGCUACUUGUUGAUUGUCUGAAUGAUUUCACUGUGAGCAGCAUUCCAAAUAACUCAAACAGCGAGCAAGAACAUAUUCAUUUUCUCGAUCCAAAACACCUACUAAUACCAUCAACUAUCGUUAAUACCAUGGAAGAAAUAUAUGGUAAAUUACCUAGAGAUCAAUCAUUGUCAACUCAUCAUUUGACAAUGGGAACAGAUGGAUAUCAAGACGGAAUUUUGCUUCCAUUUGACGAUGAUUUAGCUAUCACAUUAUAUCAAGCUAUGCAACGACAUAUAUUAAAAUCAGAUACAAAUAAUGUAUCAUCUCUGAUAGAUGUCAGUCAAGAACAAGUGCAACAGAACACAUCCAAAAAUGCAAAAAAGUUACUGAAAAAACAGCAAAAGCAGCAAAAUAGUCAAUGGAAUAAUAAAAAUACAGUUGAAAAUGAAUAUGAUGAACACAUGAAAGCUAUUAAUACUAAUAUACCGUCUCUUAAACAGAUAAUAGCAGAAGAGCAAAGAGCUGAAAAAAAGCAUCAGGAACAACAAAUGGAACGAAAACGUCGUCUCCCAUACGAAAUAGAUUAUGCAUCUGGAGUAAAAUUAAAACGUCUUGAAGAACAAUUUCCUCAAUUUUCACCUGAUCUAAUCUAUGAAAUAUUUCGAGAAAACGAGUCGAAUUAUGAUCUAACGUUGACCUGCAUCGCUUCAAUGUUAUAUGAAAAUGUAACUAUAACAAAAUCUCCAUCUAUCAUAUCAAGUAAACCGAUUCGGUCAUCGCUUUUACCUCAUUCACAUGACGAUACAUCAACAACAAUAAGCACAGGAACUAUAACAGGACAACUGAUUCAACCAGUUAAUGAAACUUAUCAAGAAUUAAGAGCCGAUGCAUUGAAACAUGGACAAAUACGAAAACAAAUGUAUAAAAAAGCACACGAAGCAAAUAAACAUGGUAUGAUUGGUGUUGUUUCCUUUUAUAUUGAUAAAGCAAGUGAACAUUUAAAACUAAUGAAACGUUCAAAUCAAAUUGCUUAUGAAAAGUUAUCUGAAUAUCGUCGACAACAAUUUUAUCAAACCCAUCAGCUUGAUUUACAUGGACUCCAUUGUGAUGAAGCUUUACAUUUAUUACAGAGAAUAAUCCAAGAGAAUAAUAACAGUAAUAGCAAAAAAAAUAAAUUUGAAAUUAUAACUGGUUGGGGUAAAAAUUCCUCAUAUGGUGGUGGUGACGGAAAAAUAAGAACAACAAUCAUCAAUUAUUUAAAAUCAAAAAAUUAUAGAAUUAUAAAAGAAUUUAAAGAAGUUCUUGAUAGUAAAGAGGUUGCUCAAUGUGGUAUUAAAAUUGAUGGUUUGGACGAAAUACAAAUGAAUUCAAAUGCAUAUACAAACAGUGGCAAAGCACUUAAUUUAAAAGGCGAAAUUGAUGGUCCACCGGAUACACCUUAUGCUGGCGCCAAAUAUAACUUAGAAAUAUUUGUGUCGGAUACUUAUCCAUUUAAUCCACCAAAGGUACGUUUUAUCACAAAAAUUUGGCAUCCAAAUAUCAGCAGUGUAACAGGAGCAAUUUGUUUGGAUAUAUUGAAAGAUCAAUGGGCCGCUGCAAUGACCCUUCGUACGGUAUUGUUAAGUUUACAAGCAUUGUUGGCUGCUCCUGAACCCGAUGAUCCACAAGAUGCAGUAGUUGCAAAUCAAUACAAGAAAGAUCGAAAAUUAUUUGAAAAAACUGCUAGACACUGGGCUAAUGUUUAUGCUAGAGGACCCACCCGAGAACCAGAAUGUGAUGCAGCUAUUCAACAAUUAACUGAUAUGGGAUUUAGUGAGGAAAAAGCUCGUGCUGCAUUAAGUACAAUGCAUUGGAAUGUUAAUGAUGCUUUGGAAAAUUUGUGUAAAAGUUAG